AUGCAGUUUUUGGUUGAUCUGGAAACUUUUUGGGGCCCGUUUGCCUUAUUUAUCUCCAUGAAAAGGCCACACACCAAUGUCGCAGUACCAGCAUACUACCAGCUCCUCGAUGUACUAUAUGACGUGGCUGAGCGGAAGAAGGAAUUUGCAGAUUUCGAUAAGGAUAUUGCAAGUACUGUUAGUGGGGUAUCAAGAAGUAUAUGA